UACGACAUUGUUUUACGACACUGCAUACAGUUCCUCACAGCCCUGGUUCAAGAUGGCCCCGUCUUUUUGGAAAGGUGUUGUCGGCAUUGGACUGUUUGCCUUAGCCCAUGCAGCUUUUUCAGCGGCACAGCGUGAGUUUGAGAAAUUUGUGAUGAAAACACGGGUCUCGAUGUGUGUAUUGUUGUCGGUGGCUGUUUUCUGUGGGUCAGGUGACGGAGCGACCGGCCGGGCCUGUCCGUGCAGCAGCAGCAGCUCCGAGCUCCGAGAGGCUAACGCAGCUUAACCCCGCUGCUGCGCACAAUACAGAGAGAUAUACAGACAAACCUCAUCUCUUACUAAAGCUUACAUAUUAAUACUUACACAGCCAAUCCAAUUUAAGUGUUACUUAAGAAGAGUUGUAUUUUCAGGACAGUCUUGUGCAUUUAGGUUUCUUUGUUUCUUCACUUGGCAAUGUGUGAACAUGUCCAUUUAUUAAAACCUUUUAUUAAAAACCAUCUCUCCCACCAGAUCGAUCAUACAUGCGACUCACAGAGAAGGAAAACGAGACACUACCGAUUGAUGUAAGUCACUUAUUCUCUACGGUGCUUUUGUAAUAAACCAAUCCUAAAAUAUAUGUUUAAUUUCUGGCAUGGUGGUGUCGUCUUUUGUGUCUAUAGAUUGUAUUACAGACCUUAUUAUCGUUUGUGAUGACCUGCUAUGGUAUCGUUCACAUUGCUGGAGAGUUCAAAGACAUGGACGCCUCCUCAGAGCUGAAAAACAAGUAAGUGGAGUCAGUGCACCUUCCUCCCCUGAUAACAUGGUUGUUUGUGUCCUCUGCCACAGGGGAGGCCUUUGUUCUCAGCCUCAGACACAUUUAUAGCAACAUCACUCAGUUCCCACAGAAAUAUAUUAACCUCCCUUCAAACUGCAGAAACAUUAUCCUACCGCCAUCUAAUCUGGAUGCAACCUCACCCCCCAACACCCAUCCCUGAAAUCAUGUGCAUGUGUCCCUUUCUUAUAUUCAAGGUGAAUUUAUAGAGUUGCAGAUUUGAUCACCAUUUUAGUCUUCCAGAGCAUACAUAUAAAAUUAGAGAGUCCCAUUUGGGAUGCACAUAUAGACUUUUCAUUUAACUCUCAUUGUGACCGCUUAUUUGUAUAAUAAACAUAAAAACAGCAUUUAAUUCUAUUUUAGAUGAUAUAUGUUUAGAUCUAAUGCAGAUAUUCAUUAAUGCGUCUGCUGUCUGUUUCAAAACAUUUGUCUGCAACCAACAUCUCUUAUCCUUCAUGGUGUACACAUACCUAAUGCAUCACCUUUUUUUGAUGAUUAGAGAAACAGACUCAACACAGUUUAAGAGUGAAGUUAUUUAUGUUUGACUGGAGAAAAAAAAAACUCCUUGGUUUUUAAACAGUGUUACAGAACAGUGAACCUCAAGCUUAAAGCAGUCAAGUGCCUGAGCUUGCAAUAUUUGCACCGACCCUCUCAUUCAUAUUCCUUUUUUUUAAAAAUAAUAAUAAUGCAUCAGAUUUCAUAUAGCGCUUUAUCAGAGAACCUCAAAGAGCUUUAUAUUGGAUACAUCAUCCAUUCACUCACACAGUCACACCUUGGUGGUGGUAAACUACCUCAGUAGCUGCCCUGGGGCAGACUGAUGGAAAUAUGGCAGCCAUUUUGCGCCCACGGCCUCUCUGACCACCACCACACAACACCCACAAUCAUACACCAGUGGAUGUAUAAGCGCAUAUGCACAACUUAACUACAUGUAUCCAUCUUUUUUUCCCUUUCUAGAACAUUUGACACGCUGAGGAAUCACCCGUCCUUUUACCUUUUCAAUCACCGGGGUCGGGUGCUAUUCCGCUCGCCAGAGGAGCCCUCCUCAGUACGCAACCAGCAAGCCCUUCCCAACCCUCUCCGGCUACGCAAGCUGGAGCAUUUGCACUGAGACUGGCCUUUCCUGCCUGUAACUUCAUUGUCAGAUUAAGAUUUGUUUUUGUGAGACAGAGGGAGUGAGAGUUUGUCUUCCUCUAAUUUAAUUUGUACUUGUACAUAAACUAAUAUGCUGUCCAUGCAUCUCUGUCCAUAAAAGUUGUCACCACCAUAUUCAACACUGACUGUGCCAACCCUUCAAUUCAAUUUUUCAAGCAGAUUUGUUUGUAUAUACAGUAUAUCAUGGCUUUGGAGUCUUCAGAUGCAGAGACAACGUCCCUCAUUGUUCCCUCUGAACUGAAGCGGGGUGUUGCUGUCUUUUGUCUUGCCUUUCCAUGAGGGGCAUAAAAACUCCUGUUUCCCAACCGUUUUCAUUUCAUCUACACUCCAGUCUCCAACGACAACCGGGGCAAGUUUUUUUUUCAGGUGGUUCAGGGCAUUUUAUGAAGCAGAUGAUUUCCUUGAAGCAGACAGACAUGUCAGCACAUCCUGUUUGCAUUGAAGAGGUUUUGUUUAUGCCGCAGGAAAUCAACGCAUGGUGAGAUGUGAGAACAGAAACCAUUGGGCAGCCGCUCUGAUGAUAAUGUGAACACAAAGACUAAUGAGAAACUGCUGAUACAUUGACAAGAGUGACAUUUAUUUUCCUUCAUUUUACAUUUUGUUAAGAUAAAACUAAUGUUUUUAAUUUAAUAAAAUGCGUACUGAUUUUACA